AUGGCCUUUCCACGCCGUUUUGGCUGGCUCGCCAGACCCUCGUUAUUUGCUACUCCUCGGCAGUCCCAACUGAGCCCGGGCAAGACAGGACAGCUGGUGAUGUACGAAAUCACUUCCGAGAUGCAGUGCCUGCUGUUCGACCGGCUGCGGUGGUGCUCUGAGAUGGACUUUAUGUGCGGAUACCAAUAUACAUGGGGCCUUCCUGAUCAGCGCUGGACCGAGGAUGUAGAACAGUUCUAUCGAGAGAACGAGGCAGCACGUUAA